GCGAAGGCAUUUAUUCCCUGACAAGCCCCCCAUCACAUGGACGGUUGUCUAUUAACUUGUUCAAAAAAGUAUCAGGAGUUGUCAAGGCAGAGAGAGAGAGAGAGAAAGGGAAAGGCAGCGAGCGAGCGAGCCAGAGUGAGUGCGCCUGUGUGUCUCUGCGUGCGUCUGGGGCCGCCAGGAACAACAAAAAGGGCGCCGAGCGACAGGGCGAAAGGGGACUUCGGCCGCCUCCUCCAGCCCCGGCGAUCCGGCGAGAAAAGGCGCAGAGGCGCCGGCAGAAGGAACUUUCCGCACUCGAGCCGCGCCGCGCCGCCUUUGUUAUGAGUCGCCUCAACUGCGCGCCCGCCAGCGGACCCGGAUCGCGCUCCUGAUCGGCGCGGGGGAGGUUCUUGUGGGGGGGCGCGCUCCCUGCCUGCCCCUCCCGGAGCCGUCGAGCCCAGCCCGGGACGCCGCCCGCUGCCUCUGCCUGGCCACCCUCCCGGCUCGCCCCGCCGCUUGAAUGUACAGCAUGAUGGAGACCGAGCUCAAGCCGCCCGCCCCGCAGCAGGCGCCGGGGGGAGGCCCGGGGGGGAACAGCGCCUCGGGGGCGGCCGGGCAGAAGAACAGCCCGGACCGGGUCAAGCGGCCCAUGAACGCCUUCAUGGUGUGGUCGCGGGGCCAGCGGCGCAAGAUGGCCCAGGAGAACCCCAAGAUGCACAACUCGGAGAUCUCCAAGCGCCUGGGCGCCGAGUGGAAGCUGCUGUCGGAGGCCGAGAAGCGGCCCUUCAUCGACGAGGCCAAGCGGCUGCGCGCCCUGCACAUGAAGGAGCACCCGGAUUAUAAAUACCGGCCGCGGCGGAAAACCAAGACGCUGAUGAAGAAGGAUAAGUACACGCUGCCCGGCGGCUUGCUGGCGCCGGCCUCCAACGCCAUGGCCGGCGGCGUCGGGGCCACGCUGGGCGCGGCGGCGGCGGCGGCGGCGGCGGGCGUCAACCAGCGCAUGGACAGCUACGCGCACAUGAACGGCUGGGCCAACGGCGGCUACGGGAUGAUGCAGGAGCAGCUGGCCUACCCGCAGCACCCGGGCCUCAACGCCGCCGCCGCCGCCGCCCAGAUGCAGCCCAUGCACCGCUACGACGUGGGCGCCCUCCAGUACAACUCCAUGGGCGGCUCGCAGAGCUACAUGAACGGCUCGCCCACCUACGGCGGCAUGGCCUACUCCCAGCAGGGCGCCGCGCCUGGCAUGGCCCUGGGCUCCAUGGGCUCGGUGGUCAAGACCGAGGCCAGCGCCAGCCCGCCCGUCGUCACCUCCUCCUCGCACUCCCGCGCGCCCUGCCAGACCGGAGACCUCCGGGACAUGAUCAGCAUGUACCUGCCCGGCGCCGAAGUGGCCGAGCCGGCCGCCCCUAGUAGACUGCACAUGUCGCAGCACUACCAGAACGCACCGGUGCCGGGCACGGCUAUAAACGGCACGCUGCCGCUAUCGCAUAUGUAAGACCUGGGGGGGGGGGGCUGUGCGGGGCUGGGCUGGGGGGAGAGGAGUGGAGAGAGACCGGAACCGACCGACAAGCUUGGAGCAGAAAUUCGGAACUUUGCUGGCUUCUUUCCCCCCUUUUCUCUUUUUUUUCUGGGGGGACACUAUUUUUGUACAGAGAGAAACUGGGGAGGGCGAAACAAACACACCCGAAAUCCAAAACCCACCAAGGAACUUGUAUAGAUCUCCCCCCCCCCCGCCCCUCUCCUGUGGGAAGGGAUCCGACUCCACCAAACUUGUUUUCCCCCUAAACUUCCAGUGGAAACGGUAGGAACUUGGCAGAAAGUUUUUUUUUAAAGUCUUUUACCAAUAAUCUUUAGAGCUAGUCUCCAGAAAGCGACGUAGGAAAGGGCGAAGGGGGGAAGAAGGGAGGAAGAGCUGGGGCGGGGAGGGAAAUGUUUUAAUAUUUGCAAGCGACUUUUGUACAGUAUUUAUCAAAAUAAACAUGGCAAUCGAAAUGUCCAUUGUUUAUAUUAAAAAAGACAGAGAGAGAGAGAGAGAGAGAGAGAGUAAAAAAAAACUUGAGAAUUUGCCAAUUAUUUUUAAACUACAUCAGAGUCUACUUAAGACCUGGGAUAAUAGCAGAUGGGAUUUAUAGCAGCUGCAAAAAAAGGGAGUUGAAUAUUAUUUUAAAACAAAGAUCUGGGCGUUUUAAUUGUUUUAGGAAUUGUACAAAAGGCAAAAAAUAAAUAGAAUAAGUACUUGCAUACCAUUGAACUGUUUUUUUUAAUAAAAGGGCAAAAGUUUAGGGUGUACUAAAUUUUUUACAUGUUGUUAAAGAGCAAAAAUUGACUUGCAGCUUCACACACGUUUGUUAAUUUAAAAUAGCAUUUUUUUUGUUUCAACCCUUCAUCCUAUUCAGCGAAAAAAACAGCAAAACAGCAAUCUGAAAUUAUUGUUUGAAAUAUUUUCUUAUGGUUUGUAAUAUUUCUGUAAAUUUAUUGUGACAAUAUUUUAAGUUCUUUUAUUUUUGUCCCUCCUCAUUUCCCGUAGUUGUAUUUUAAAGACUCGGCUGUGUAUUAUUUGAAAUCAGUCCGCCGGCAGUCCAUGAAUAUAUAUACACACACACGUGUAUGCGUGUAUACACACACACAUACAUGUAUAUGUAUGUAUAUAUAUACAAACGUAUAUAUUUGAACUAAUACCAUCCUUAUAAACAGAUUCAUAUUUGAAUUAAGUUUCUAUUUCAUUAUGCACAGUUUGAGAAAAAAAAUAAAUUUUUGAAAUAUGGACACUGAAAUGA